UUCAGACGGUACUUAGAUAUAUUUCUGUCUGAAAAAAUAAUGUUUCCUAUAGUUUUGGCCUUGACCUUAAUUUUCAGCUCUCAAAUAGAAGCUGAGCUUCAAGUAAAUUUCUAUAGAAAUACAUGUCCUAAUGCAGAAUUAAUCAUAAGGCAGGAGGUCCAAAGAGCCUACUUUAGAGACAGAGGAAUAGCCCCUGGCCUUGUUAGAAUGCAUUUCCAUGAUUGCUUUGUUAGGGGGUGUGAUGGCUCGGUUCUUAUAAAAUCAACUCCUGGAAAUUCUGCAGAAGAAGAUGGCCCCUCGAAUGCUGGUUCUCUUCGUGGGUUUGAGGUGAUCGAAAGUGCUAAGGCUAGACUUGAACAAGAAUGCAGAGGAGUUGUUUCAUGUGCAGAUAUUCUUGCAUAUGCUGCAAGAGACUCCAUAGUAGUAUCUGGAGGACUCGGGUGGGAUGUUCCAGCAGGAAGAAGAGACGGGCAAAUUUCACUGGCUACAGAAACUAUCGAUAUACCAGCACCAUUCAACAACCUAGACCAAAACCUUCAGGCUUUUGCCAAGAAAGGUUUGUCAUCGGACAACAUGGUUGCACUCCUAGGUGCACACACAAUUGGUUGCUCUCACUGCUCACAAUUCAGCAACAGAUUAUAUAAUUUCAGCCCGGCAAACAGUCAAGAUUCAACGUUGGAUCCUCUAUAUGCUAUGCAACUGAAGCAGCAAUGUCCAAGAGGGCCUAAUGGAAACGUUGAUCCUAAUGCAGUUGUUUUCAUGAACUUCAGCCCGACAGCAUUUGAAAACAGCUACUAUGUCGAUGUUUUAAGAAACCGAGGAUUAUUUACCUCGGACCAGACACUGACUACAAGUCCAGACACACUAUCAGAAGUCAGAGAUUAUGCUAGGAAUAACAUACAAUGGCAAACAGAUUUUGCUGAUGCUAUGAUUAAGAUGAGUCAAGUUGAGGUGCUUACAGGGAAUGCCGGAGAGAUUAGGCUCAACUGCAGGGCCAUCAACCCAUAAAGCUCGAUUCUACUUGCACAUAUUCUUCUUAAAAUAAACGCCUGUAAUGUGGUGUCCUCUUCUUUGUUUAACUGAGAGUGGUUCCUCUCACAAAAGUCAAAACGGACUUGGAGUUCUUUAUCUCAGUCUAGACAGUUCUACUAGGAAUUGGAAGCCAAAAAGUAUGUUCUCAAUUAAAGAGCUAUCAAUCUGUGCAACCAAGUUCCCCC